AUGGCGAACCGAAUCCCCGUCAGCGACCGCGUGCUACAGGCGAUUGUGACUAUACAGAGGGCCAGGCGAGUGGCUGGAGAAGGCGCCAGGGGAGGCCAGGGAGGUAUAAGGGGUGUAGAGAGUCAGCAAAGUCAAGCAAGUCAACGGAGCCAUGGUGGAGGGGCGGAUGGGAGGGUGCGUGGCGGGGCCGGGGGGGGGUCGCUGAAGGCCGUGGUGGCAGAGGUGGCGGCGGCGCUGGAGAAGCGCGAGGUGGAGGAGGUCAUGACGGAGCUGCAGCGCCGCCACGACUGGAAGGCCACCCUCGAGCCAGCAGCAGGCGUGGUUCCGCCCCAACAUGCGGCUGUACAACGCGCUCAUGGGCUUCCUGGCGAGGGAGCAGCAGGCGCACGCCGCCACGCUGCUCUUCCAGGACAUGCUGCUGUCGCGCGCGCGCCCAACCACUUCACCUACACCGCACUCAUCAACGCGUACGGCCGCGCCGGGUGGUUCGAGGACGCCCUCGCUGUCUUCCACCACAUGAAGACGUGCGAUGAUGAUGACGACUGCCGGGGGACCAAUGAGGGUUACCAUACCACCACGGUGUGCCAUGCCAUGAUCACAUUCAUCAAGGAACACGUCGCUCGCAAACGGUCGGGCCAUGUCGGACUGGGUGCCGACGCCUGUGACGACGACGCCGCGGAGCUCCCUUCGGCAUCCCAAGCAGUCGGUGUCGCCGACACCAGAGGAGAGGCCGGAGGCGGCGUCGACAAGGCAGAUGAAGAGGCAGGAAGGGCGGUGGCGCGGACCGCGGAUCAGGAAGAGGAGGAGGAGGAGGAGGAGGAGGAUGGCACCGAUGAUCAUGAUGAUAACGAGGAGGAGCGUGAGGAGCGUGAGCAGGGGCAGGAGAAGGACGAGGAGGAGGAGGAGGAGGAGGAGGAGGAGGAGGAGGAGGAGGAGGAGGAGGAGGAGGAGGAGGAGGAGGAGGAGGAGGAGGAGGAGGAGGACACCGAGGAUCAGGAUGAUAACGAGGAGGAGCGUGAGGAGCGUGAAACGAGGAUCUUGUCCAUGCUGGUCGCCCUUCGACGGUCGGCGCCGGUCAGGCGAUCCAUCCUCUUCACCACCCAGCACAGCGCGCUCAUUGAUAGGAGGCCAGAGCCCGCGUCGCUGCCCAACACAGUGACCUGCAACGCGCUGAUUGGUGCGCUGUGCAAGGGGGGCAUGUAUGACGAGGCGGUGGAGGUGUUCAUGGAGAUGCGUGCGGGGGCGGGCGGGGCGGGCGGCUUGCCACUCAACUGCAGGCCCAAUAUAGUGACAUACAACACGCUCAUCGACACCUUGUGCCGCGAAGGCCAGCUCGAUGCCGCUCUGCAGGUGCUGGACGACCUGUCAUCGGGCGUGCUGGACGCGCAUGUGGCACCCAACAUAGUCACAUUCAACACAAUCAUCAACGCCUGUGGCAAGGCGGGCCGCGCCCCCGACGCCGAGGCCACGCUGCAGGCCAUGGAGCGCACCGGCAUGGCGCCCGACGGCAUCACGUUCACCGCUCUUGUCGACGCGUACGGCCGCACGGGAGACGUCGAGCGCGCGGAGGAGGCGUUUCAGCGCAUGCUGCAGGCGGGCAUCGCCCCGGACGUGUUCUCCUACACGGCCCUCAUGGCUGCGUUUGGCCGCGCUGGGCUGUCCGAUCGGGUCACGGAGACGCUGGCGGCCAUGCAGCGUGCAGGCAUGCCGCCCAACGAGGUCACGUUUCUCACCGUGCUGGACGCCCACGGCAAAGCGGGUAACUACGAGGAGGCUGAGGCCACGCUCGCCGCCAUGGUUACGUGCGGGUACCGCCCGUCGGUGUACAGUUGGAGCUGCUUGAUUGACGCGUUUGGGAAGGCGGGGCUGUAUGCCAAGGCAUCAGGGGCGUUUGAGCGCAUGCAGGCUGAGGGGUGCCGCCCGAAUCUGAUCACGUAUGCAGCCAUUUUGUCUGCUUGUGCGCGGUGCGAGAAGUGGGAGGACGCGCUGGAGCUGCUGUACUGCCUGCAGAGGACUGGCGGCGAAUGGGAAGUCGCCAUGUGUCGCCUCGUGAUGGCAGGCCCAGAGGAGGAAGGAGUCGAGUGUGCGAGCGAGGAGGAGGUGGUGGAGGGACUGGUGAGAGGAGGGGCGCGGGGAGGGGCGGGCAGAAGGGGCGAGAGGGCGGACGAGGGGUUGUGGGAGUCGGCAGGGCGGAUGUUUGGUGCGUUUCAGGCGGUGCCGCUGCCCAUGCGCCGCUCCUUCUACAACGCUCUGGCCGACGUGCUCUGGAGCUUUGGCAUGCGGCGCCGCGCUGCGCGCGUGGUGGCGCUGGGCCGCGGGCUGGGCGUGUACGGCGGGGCCGAUGACCUGCACAAGGAGGCGCGCGGUGCACGCAGGGGGGGCGCGGGGCGCAGGGAGAGCAGCAGCAGUGGCAGUGAGAGUGAGAGUGGGAGUGGUAGUGGGAGUGGCAAGCAGAGGGGUGGGGGGGGCGGCAGGGGCGGGGGUAUGUGGAGGGAGGAGGGCGUGUGGAGUGUGGACUUACACGAGCACUCCAUUGGCUCCGCCUGCGCCUUCCUCUUUCUCUGGCUCCGCGACCUGCGCACCGCCUGGCAGUGGCACAACGAGAUCCCGGAGGCCAUCGAUAUAGUCACGGGGUGGGGGCGUCACAGCAAGCGCAAGGACGCCACGUCAGACAAGCCAGCACAGGUGGCGCCCCUCAAGGCAGCGAUACUGAGGGAGCUGCACCUCAUGCGCUCUCCCUUCCAGGAACUUUCUGUCAAUGCCGGUCGUCUAGUGGCGGGCGGGUGGGCGGCGUACUCGUGGCUGUUGCAGGAGGAGAUGGGGGAGCGGCUGCAGCUCAGGGAUGCGCCCCAGCCAGUGCCUCCUGGGGACAAGCCGUACCAACCACUGUAA